UACGACAAUUUAAACCCGAAAUAAGCAGCUGCCUUAGACCGAUACACGUCUUUGCGAAGCGGCGCGCGCUCCCGCGUGCAGCUAUCACUAUUUGGCACGACACCGGAAGUAAUAAUCCUCCAUUGGGUCAACGUCCGCGCGACGGAGUAGCGCUCAUCUCCACGAAAAGACGCAGCCAUGCCGCCGGGGCCUGUUCAGAUCGUUCAGCCGGAGCUCAACAACAAGAGUGAUGUACCAACAGAGGAAACCCCAGCUACCAAACCCAUAGUUGGUAUUAUAUAUCCACCUCCCGAGGUCCGAAACAUAGUUGACAAGACAGCCAGCUUUGUUGCCAGGAACGGGCCCGAGUUUGAAGCACGAAUUCGUCAGAAUGAGAUCAACAACCCAAAGUUUAAUUUCCUCAACCCCAACGACCCCUACCAUGCCUAUUAUCGGCACAAGGUUAAUGAAUUCAAGGAGGGCAAAGCACAGGAGCCGUCUGCAGCAGUACCUAAGGUUAUGCAGCAGACUAUGCAGCAGUCUCAGCAGCUUCCUCAAAAAGUGCAGUCCCAAGUGAUCCAGGAAAUUAUUGUUCCUAAAGAACCUCCUCCUGAGUAUGAGUUCAUUGCAGAUCCUCCAUCAAUCUCAGCAUUUGACCUUGACGUUGUCAAGCUCACUGCCCAGUUUGUUGCUCGCAAUGGUCGCCAGUUUCUCACUCAGCUGAUGCAGAAAGAACAGAGGAACUACCAGUUUGACUUUCUGCGACCACAGCACAGCCUUUUCAACUACUUCACCAAGCUGGUUGAGCAGUACACAAAAAUACUGAUUCCUCCCAAAGGGCUGUUGGUCAAGAUGAAGAAAGAGGCUGAGAAUCCAAAAGAGGUUAUGGACCAGGUGAGGUACCGUGUGGAGUGGGCAAAGUUCCAGGAGCGUGAGAGAAAGAAGGAGGAGGAGGAAAGAGAGAGGGAACGGGUGGCAUAUGCCCAAAUUGACUGGCAUGACUUUGUAGUGGUCGAGACAGUGGAUUUCCAGCCUAACGAACAGGGCCACUUCCCACCACCCACCUCUCCCGAGGAGCUUGGCGCUCGCAUCCUAAUUCAAGAGCGUUAUGAGAAGUUUGGAGAAAGUGAGGAGGUUGAGAUGGAGGUUGAAAGUGAUGAUGAGGACGCUGAACAAAAGGGUCGAAAUGAGGGUCAGCCCUCACAGCCUGAUCAAGACACACAAGUACAGGACAUGGACGAGGGAUCUGACGACGAAGAUGAUGUUAUGAAGGUUCCCAUGCCUCCAGACCGCCCCAUGCCCCCUCCACUGCCUCCAACUCCAGACCAUGUUAUUAUUCGCAGAGACUAUGACCCCAAAGCUUCGAAGAUACAGGCCUCCAUUUCAACUCCAGAUGAGUACCUUAUCUCACCAAUUACUGGUGAGAAGAUCCCAGUCAGUAAGAUGCAGGAGCACAUGCGUAUUGGCCUGCUGGACCCACGCUGGCUGGAGCAGAGAGACCGCAUAAUCAAAGAGAGGCAGAUAGAGGAUGAAGUCUAUGCUCCUGGAUUGGAUAUCGAAAGCAGCUUGAAACAGCUGGCUGAGAGGCGUACUGAUAUCUUUGGUGUGGAAGAGACAGCGAUUGGUAAAAAGAUUGGUGAGGAAGAAAUCCAGAAGCCAGAGGAAAAGGUCACAUGGGAUGGCCAUUCAGGUAGCAUGGCACGUACGCAACAGGCAGCACAGGCCAACAUCACCUUGCAAGAGCAGAUUGAAGCCAUUCACAAGGCCAAAGGACUGGUGGGAGAGGAUGAUACUAAAGAGAAGAUUGGACCUAGCAAGCCAAGUGAAAUUCAUCACCAGCCUCCCAUUCCCUCCGCUGCACCUAUUUUGUCUAAACCCAGCCCUCCUGUCACAGUGCCUCGCCCACCCUCUGCUGUGCCACCUCCAGUGCGCACGACGCUCCUGUCUGCUGUGCCUGUAAUUCCGAGACCUCCUGUUGCCCCCGUGGUGCGUCUUGCGCCGGGACAAGUCAUUGCAUCAAUGCCUCCCAUGAUUCCUGCUCCCCGUAUCAAUGUGGUUCCCAUGCCUCCAACAGCACCUCACAUCAUGGCCCCCAGACCACCCCCCAUGGUUGUUCCAGCUGCUUUUGUUCCAGCUCCUCCGGUGCCACAGCCACCAACAGUUCCUGCACCUCCUUCUCACCCACCUCCACCUCAUGACGAUGAGCCACUUAGCAAGAAAAUGAAAACGGAGGACAAUCUCAUUCCAGAGGAGGAGUACCUUCGUCGAAAUAAGGGUCCUGUGGCAGUUAAAGUCCAGGUUCCCAACAUGCAGGACAAGACCGAAUGGAAGCUAAAUGGCCAAGUACUGAAUUUCACUGUCCCGCUCACAGACCAGGUGUCUGUCAUUAAAGUCAAAAUCCAUGAAGCCACAGGGAUGCCAGCGGGAAAACAGAAGCUACAGUAUGAGGGCAUUUUCAUCAAGGAUUCCAACUCCCUGGCCUAUUACAACAUGAGCAAUGGUUCAAUCAUUCACUUGGCACUAAAGGAACGAGGUGGAAGGAAGAAGUGAGCCAAGCAGCAGGAAGAAAAACAUUUUACUCAGCCGGGUCCUUUUUUUUUUUUUUUAAAUCUUAGUUUAACUAUCAUUUUCAUGAUUAUAUAGCAUUUUCAUACACUUCUGUGUGAUGGGCGUGCUUUUCCUACAUGUCAACCUUUACUCGCAGUGCUCAGUGAAUUGCACGCUGUGUAGACAUGUCAUCACAAAACCCUUAGUGUGUAGAUGUUGAUAAACAGUACUGUGGAAAAUGUAAAGCCUCCUAAUGUUCCCUCAUUUAAGUAAAGAACUUCAGAAAUAUGAA